AUGGUUAAGUUUCUCCAGCUUAACCUAAACCACUGCAGAGCAGCCCAAGACUUACUGUCGCAGACGGCGAUCGAGCAGAGAAUCGACAUCGCCAUACUGAGUGAACCCUACAAGGCAAAACCAGAAGGAGUAUGGCAGCAAAGCGCGGAUGGCGGGGCUGCCAUCUGGAGCUGUGGACAGCCUCCGGAACACCUAUCGCAGAGAGCUUCGAUACCUGGCUACGCCAGGGCCAAGUGCCAGGCGACUACAAUAUACAGCUGCUACCUUCCGCCGAGUAUGCACAUAGAUGCAUUCAAGGAUGUAAUCCAGGAGAUUGCCCAAGACGCUCGGGGACGAUCCCCGGUUUUCGGGCCGGGUCCAUACGCACCCCGCUGCCCGAUAACUACCUGCGCGGCCUCGUCACCGAGCCAGUCACCGCCGACCACGUCACGCGGAUACCACGCCGCCGUCGCCCCACGCCAGGUGGAUGGGCCAUCGGCAAGCCAACUCUUUGACUUGACGACCGACGAGGACUCCGCCGACGAGAGGCCAGCCGUGGCCGUACGAAGCCGCCCCCCGGGGACUUCAACGCGUGGUCCACCACGUGGGGGAGCACGGCAACAACUCAGAGGGGAACCGCCUUACUAG